AUGCAAUUGCACGAGCGUGUGGAGGAGACACUCAUUGCGCUUCUCUACGCUGAAGAUACGGUGAACGGCACAUGGAAGAGUAGAGGGCGAGACCUGGCGGCGGCAUUUGAGGCCUCGCUUAUCGAAAUCACCGGUGUUCCCGAAAACGCGAGCCGUUUAGAGACUCUCGCGUGUGUGCGUCGCUCGGUGAAUUCUUUUAUUGCGGACCCAACGCCCGCGCCACUGGAGACCUUCUUUUUGCGUGUCGUGACAAUACUGCAUUGCUACACGGUUGUCGCCUCGGCGAAUGUUGGAUCGUCACAGCUUCCGGUGGGAGUGAAGACAGCUGCGGUGGCGAUUGCUAGCGCAUUCUUCUCGCAACGUCUGCGAGUGGCGUGUGUGGAGACGAAUAAUAAUGAUGAUAUUGAUACUAACAAUAAUGAUGAGGAUGAUGACAGUAUGAAAAGUACGAGCGGGGGAGCUGGGGAGGAGGAAGAUUUGCUGCAGGAAUUACACGCAUUGUGGUUCUGCUUCCUUUGUGUAUUUCUCCAGCAAUUGUCGGCGAAGGGCGGGGACUUUACGGCGUGGCGGCAGUUCUUCCGAGCGUGUGCAGCGCAGCACAAGAAAUGCGACAUCAAAAAGGGAAAUUCUCACGGGAAAGAAGAACACAUGAGUGGCGAAGAUGGCUCUGGGGAGGAAGAGAGGAUUGGUAUGGCUGCGUGGGGAGCGGUGUCGGAGGAGACAUUCAACGCCACAGUUGCCAGGACGCGGUUUCGGCGCACAGCGAUUCUGUGCAAGUCGUUUUGUCCACACCUCGUCGCGCAAGCCCCUGGUACAACGUACCAGCUGCUGCAUACCCUGCACGCUUUUAUGUCAGACUGGAUGAAGUUCAAAAAGGAAAAAUGCAACGACGGAGAGGCAAAUGAGGAAGAGGAAAUCGUGGGGCGAUACAGUGAGCAGAUGGGAGAGCUUCUUGGUGAAGGUCAGGUGCAUGCCUUCUUAUUAAGCACCGCCAUUGGAGCGGUACUGAGCUCCACGUACAUUCUCUCAACUCGAGGGGCUCGGGGUGCAGAGAUAGCGAGAUGGCAUUUAACGCGCCCAGAUACGGCGUGGCAAACCGAAGCGCAAUGGCGCCAGACACACUUUCCACCUAUCGGCAGGUUGCUUGAACGUCUACACAUCCGAUCGCUUCUUGGGGUGCAUCAU